GAAUUAUCUGUCGCUCACCUUGACCAACUUUGUUAAACACGAUAUCUUCACCUUUCGGUACGAUGUGACAACACAUGAAUAAGGAGCCAUGGCUCCCUUCGCAAUUAUUACCAAGUAUCAAGUAUACCACUUGAUCUUUCAACAUGUCGACUGACAAGAUCACCUUCCUCACCAACUGGCACGCUACGCCUUACCACGCCCCGCUGUACCUGGCCCAAGCCAAGGGAUACUUCAAGGAGGAGGGAAUCAAGGUUGCUCUUCUUGAGCCCAACGAUCCUAGUGAUGUCACUGAGAUUAUCGGAACUGGCAAGGUCGACCUUGGUUUCAAGGCCAUGAUUCACACUCUGGCUGCCAAGGCUCGAAACUUCCCUGUCCAAUCCAUCGGCAGUCUUCUCGACGAGCCCUUCACGGGAGUCGUCUACCUCAAGGACUCGGGCAUCACCACCGACUUCCGCACCCUCAAGGGUAAGCGCAUCGGCUAUGUCGGCGAGUUUGGCAAGAUCCAGAUUGACGAACUCACCUCGCACUACGGCAUGACCCCCGAGGACUACACCGCUGUGCGCUGCGGUAUGAAUGUCUCCAAGGCCAUCAUCAAAGGCGAGAUUGACGCCGGUAUCGGCCUGGAGAAUGUCCAGAUGGUUGAGCUCGAGGAGUGGCUCGCUGCUCAGGGUCGUCCCAAGGAUGAUGUCCAGAUGCUGCGCAUCGAUGAACUUGCCGAGCUUGGUUGCUGCUGCUUCUGCACCAUCCUCUACAUCGGAAACGAGACCUUCCUGUCCGAGAACCCCGAAAAAGUCCGCUCGUUCCUCCGCGCCGUCAAAAAGGCAACCGACUUUGUCCUCGCCGAGCCUGACAAGGCAUGGGCCGAGUACGUUGAUUUCAAACCCGUCAUGGGCACGGAUCUGAACCGCAAGAUCUUCGAGCGCAGCUUUGCCUACUUUAGCAAGGAUCUCAAGAACGUUCGUCGUGACUGGGACAAGGUUACCAAGUACGGAAAGCGUCUUGGUGUGCUUGAUGAGAGCUUUGAGCCUAACUACACCAACUCGUACCUCGAGUGGGAUCUAUCUGGAGAGUCUAGUGACCCUACUGGCGACCAGAAGCGUAUUGCUCAGUUGCAGAAGGAUGUUGCUGCUUCUGGUGGCUUCCACCGCCUUGAGGCUGAGGCUCCCCAGGCCAAGGCCUAAGUAUGUGCUUAGGGCACUGAUGGCCGGAGUCUAGAGCUCAUUUACACUCGCUAUGAUGGAGGAACUUAUAAAGACACUCAUUCAAUCUAACUAUGAUACAAAUACAAUAAUUGGAAAUAGCUCUUCACCAUUCCCUAGAUCGUGAUUGAUUAUCAUUGAUACUUGCCUUUGCCUGGAAUGCGGGCUGACGACCAUGCCAACGAGGACCGUUUGCGGCCCAAACGGCAUGACAGACGCCAGGGCAGGUUUCUGGUCGAAAAAUAGAUAAUCGAUAGCGCUCAUUUCUGCUGUGCGGCUGGAGAUAGAAUUCCAUGUGUAAAGAAAUUCCCAUCCGCAUGCAGAUUGUGAUGAAGUAUAACGUUGGGCUAACGGGUAAGUGGGAUACCAUGGCGAUGAAGUAAAGAGCAUAGGGAUAUGAAUAACGAUAAUGCAGC